AUGGCCAAGUUUAUCUUCCAGAGCCUCAGUCCUGACUGCCUUGAUCCAGUUUCCAGCUUUCAGAAUGACAGCUCGAAGGAAAGCAAUGACUCAAAGUCCUUAAUUUUUACCACACAGAAUGGAACUGAGAAGUUUGAAAAUACUACUACCAAACAAGCACCCAGUCCUGUGUCUGACAUUGAAAGUGUUUUCAUCAAUCUAACCAAUGUGAUCCUCACCUGGAAACACAAUGACACAACUGCUUCAGACUACCAGUAUAACCUCACAGGUUUGUGUCCAGCGACUUCCUACACAUUCUCCAUUGUCCCGGGAAUACCCAGUCCUGUCUGGGGAGAUCCCAUGUACAAAAAUGUCACAACAGAGCCUCUUCCAGUGUCGAACCUUCGUGUUGCCUUCAUGGGUAGGGCGCAUGCUGUUCUGACCUGGAGCAAUGACAAUGGCACUGAAUCUUGUCGGGUAUUUCUUCAAAGCACUAGCAACCAUAGCGAGUUGGUUCAAGACUUAGCAGUCAACAUUUCAGGCUUGAAGCCAGGAUUUCGCCAUGUUGUCAGGAUUCUUCCAAAAUUAAAUAAGACACUUCUGGAUACAGAAGGUGGUAAGGAUGCCAACAACACAGAGAGAAGCCCAGAGGUGAGCCCGGAGGAACUUGGCAAGGAGUCCCUAGACACAGAAGUACAGCUCUUUGGCUUAGCACCUGACACUCAGUAUGUGGCCACUGUUUAUUCUCAAGCAGCGGAUGGCACAGAAGGACAGCCCCAGGCCAUCUCUUUCCUCACAAAUUCUGGUCAAAUUUUUGACAUCCAAGUUGUGGUCAUCAGUGCCACAAACAUGACCCUGAUCUGGAAAGACAAAUACAAUGGUUCGUCCUCUGACUACAUGUACAAGGUCCAUGUGGCUGGGGGCACCGAUUCUCUCAACUUCAAUGUCUCUCAGAAAUAUCUCAUCAUCCCUGGACUCCACUCGAGCACCUUGUACAACGUCACAGUGUGUCCUUUCCUGAAAGAUGUCAAGGGUGUGCCGGGCUUUCUCCAGGUGUACACCCCUCCUGGUCCUGUCUCCCACCUUCAAGUGACACUUGUCCGCACAAGGGAAAUCGGCUUAGCUUGGAACAGCAGUGACUCAGAGUUCUUUAGGGUUGUUACCACGCAGGAGGGGACUAGGAAACAUCAAGAGAAUGUGACCACCAACCACAUGAUCAUCAUUGAUAACCUAAAGCCUGGAACCAGUUACCGUUUUGAAAUAUUUCCACUAGGACCCAAUGGGACUGAAGGGCCAUCCCAAGAAGUUACAAGUAGAACUGAUUCUAGUGCAGUGUAUGACAUCCAUGUGGUCAGUGUGACCAACACUGAAAUGCAACUGGAAUGGCAGAACAGAGACAACGCUUCUGAAUACAUCUACCAUUUAGUUAUAAAGUCUCAGUAUGGUUCCAGAAAAACCAACAGUUCUGAGAAAAGCAUCCUGCUGAAGGGCCUCACCCCUGGGACUUUGUACAAUGUUACCAUCACUCCGGAAAUAGACCAAGUCCAGGGGGACAUGGGCUCCAUCGCACACUACACACAGCCCAGUAACGUGUCCUACAUUGUAGUGGAGCCCAACACCACAGCAGCAGUCUUCCGCUGGAAUAACAUGGAUGCAUCUGCGGCAGCGUACUCCUACCGCCUUGUUAUUACACGGUCUGAAAACACCAGCAACAUAACCCAAGAGAUCAAAGACAUCGGAGUAACUUUCGUGGUAGUCACAGAGUUAACACCUGGCUCUCCUUACACAGUGGAGAUCUUUGCACAAGUGGAGGAUGGUCUUGAGUCAGUACCUACGUUGGAGUCAUUCUGUACAGAUCCCGCGCCAGUGACCUCCUUCCACUGUGAGAUGGUCCCCAAAGAGCCAGCCUUGGUUUUGAGGUGGGCCUGCCCUCCGGGCGCCAAUGCAGGCUUUGAGCUGGGGGUCAGCAGCGGAGCUUGGGAGAACGCCACCCUCGUGGAGAGCUGCGUCUCGGAGAACGGCACCGAGUGCAGUGCGGAAGUCACAUAUCUGAACUUUUCUACCUCGUACAAUAUCAGCAUUGCCACCUUGUCCUGUGAAAAGAUGGCGCCGCCUGCCCAGGACACCUGCACCACUGGCAUUACAGACCCUCCUCCUCCAGAUGGAUCCCCUAAUAUCACCUCCAUCAGCCACAAUUCAGUAAAAGUCAAGUUCAGUGGGUUUGAAGCCAGCCACGGACCCAUCAAAGCCUAUGCUGUCAUUCUCACCACCGGGGAAGCGGGCCAUCCUUCUACAGAUGUUUUGAAAUACACGUACGAAGAUUUCAAAAAGGGGGCCUCGGAUACUUACGUGACAUACCUCAUUAGAACGGAGGAAAAAGGGCACUCUCAGGGCUUGUCUCAAGUCUUGAAAUACGAAAUCGACGUUGGGAAUGAGUCCACCACCCUCGGGUAUUACAAUGGGAAGCUGGAACCUCUGGGUUCCUAUCGGGCUUGUGUGGCUGGCUUCACCAAUAUUACCUUUCACCGUCAAAAUGAUGGACUCAUCAACGGGGCCGAGAGCUAUGUGUCCUUCAGUCGCUAUUCGGAGGCUGUUUUCCUGCCUCAGGAUCCAGGCGUCAUCUGUGGAGCUGUGUUUGGAUGCAUCUUCGGUGCCAUGGUCAUCGUGGCGGUGGGAGGCUUCAUCUUCUGGAGGAAAAAAAGGAAAGAUGCGAAGAACAAUGAAGUGUCCUUUUCUCAAAUUAAACCUAAAAAAUCCAAGUUAAUCAGGGUGGAGAAUUUUGAGGCCUACUUCAAGAAACAACAAGCCGACUCUAACUGUGGGUUCGCUGAGGAGUACGAAGACCUGAAGCUGGUUGGGAUUAGUCUACCUAAAUAUGCAGCAGAACUGGCUGAGAAUAGAGGAAAGAACCGCUAUAAUAAUGUUCUGCCCUAUGACAUUUCUCGAGUCAAGCUGUCAGUCCAGACGCAUUCCACUGAUGACUACAUCAAUGCCAACUACAUGCCGGGCUACCAUUCCAAGAGAGAUUUUAUUGCCACGCAAGGACCUUUGCCUAACACUUUAAAAGAUUUUUGGCGAAUGGUUUGGGAGAAAAAUGUAUAUGCCAUUGUUAUGUUGACCAAAUGUGUUGAACAAGGGAGGACCAAGUGUGAGGAGUACUGGCCAUCCAAGCAGGCGCAGGACUACGGGGACAUAACUGUGACCAUGACCACAGAAGUUGUUCUUCCAGAAUGGACCAUCAGAGAUUUCACUGUGAAAAAUAUCCAGACAAGUGAGACCCACCUUCUGCGCCAGUUCCAUUUCACCUCCUGGCCGGACCACGGUGUUCCGGAUACCACUGACCUGCUCAUCAACUUUCGCUACCUGGUCCGGGACUAUAUGAAGCAGAGUUCCCCGGAGUCACCCAUCCUGGUGCAUUGCAGUGCUGGAGUGGGAAGGACAGGCACAUUCAUGGCCAUCGACCGCCUCAUCUAUCAGAUAGAGAAUGAGAACACGGUGGAUGUGUACGGGAUUGUGUACGACCUUCGCAUGCACAGGCCUCUCAUGGUGCAGACAGAGGACCAGUAUGUUUUCCUCAAUCAGUGUGUUUUGGACAUCAUCAGAGCCCAGAAAGACUCAAAGGUGGAUCUCAUCUACCAGAACACCACAGCGAUGACAAUCUACGAAAACCUGGAGCCCGUGAGCAUGUUUGGGAAGAGCAAUGGCUACAUCACAUAGUGGUCCUGCCUCUUCCUGAGCGAGGCAGACCGCCAUACCCACACUUGAGGGAAACGCCCCAUGCCCACCCCGUCUCCUGUCUCCUAUCUUAGUCCUUUGUUCUGUUCUGUUUGAGUGAGCCUUGGCGGCUGAGGACUUGGGGCUACCUGGGGUGCUGGGUGGGUGUGGGUGGAUUGGCUGUAAUUCUCACCACCAGUGGGAUAAGUUCACUCCCCUCCCCCCUUGAAAAUUGUGGAAAACCAGGAAAAGUGGGCUCUAGGAUUUUUCUUUCUUUUUCAAAACCAUUUGUUCCUUUUUUUUUUUUAAUGACUAUUUUCUGUGAUUCACAUGCUAAAGCCAGGAUUGUGUUAGGUUUGGAUAUAUUUUAAGUAUCAGAGGUCUAUUUUUACCUACUGUAUCUUGGAAUCUCGCCGCUGGAAAGUACCACAUGGUGGGUGGGUGGUGGUUGUGUAGGGAGGGGCGCACGUGGAGCCCCUUCUGCACGCGUUUUCUAUUUGAACAUGUGCCUUUUUCUGAAUUAUGCUUCCACAGGCAAAACUCAGUAGAUAUCUCUAUUUUUGUAUUGAAUCUUGUAAUUGGAGUAUAUGGGAUAUUUAAAUGGUAGUUUAGCAACAGAGGUCUGCCUGCUGGUAACAUUCCAGCCUCCUGUUUGAUUAGAGGAGGCCUCUCUCUCUCUCUCUUUGCCUACCCCACCACCCUCUCCCACCUCUGUGUAACAUUUUUUCUUCCCUUCCUCGUCCCUUCCUUUUCUCCAAAGACUUCUGUUUUGUACUCUUUUUUUUUUUCCAGCCCUUUGUUUGGGUGAGAAUUUCUGUGUGUGUGUGUGGGGGGGGAGGUUGGAGGGGAAGGGAAAACCAGAGGGAGUUCACAGUGACAUGGAGUCUUUUCUUAUGCCUGCCUCCUCCCCCCACUCUGUCCUCCUCCUCCUUUCUCAUUGCUGUUUUUGGUAAGAAGGAUUAUUUAAAGGUGCAAUAUGUGACUUAGUGAUUCAUGAUGCUCUGUGUUUUUAGUCAUGUUUUACUCAGGUUGGCAUUUUCUGUGUGUGUGUGUGCGUGCGCGUGUGUGUAUACAGUGUGUGUGCGUAUGUGUGUUUUUAAAAGCGUGGCAAUCUGUGAACAUUCCAGUGGUGAGCUCAGUGUCACACUAACCCUUCCCUCAAAGUUCACUGGCUUUCUGCUCUCUGCAGUGACACUUAACUGCCCGCCCUCUACUGUGUAUAUAAAUACUAAACUCUCGCCACAGUCGUUCCUAUGAGUUGAGGUGUACAAAGUUCCAUUUGUAUCAAAGUUGUAAUUAUUAUUUUUAAAACCUUUUACUAUACUGCUGCUGUAAUUAAACAAAAUUUUUUUUUUGCUUUGGGUGGUGUAUUCAAGAAUUUUGAAUUUAUGUGGAUUUUAUUUUAUUGGUACAUAACCUGUAAACUUCUCAAGGCAUUAACAUGAAAGGAUUUGUUUCUCUUUAUUUUCUCUUGUGGCUCAGGUUAUAUUUUUGAAGUUUUAGGUUUAUUCUCCCAUGGGCCAUGAAGUAUCCAAGGGCUUAUGAAGGAAUCCCGUGGGGAUGAGCAGAGACCCACCCUGCUGUAGCCUUCAGAAGGAGUGCGUCUUGUUAGUAAUGGAAGUGGGGUCCUAGCCAGGGUGGCCCCCCACUGUGGGCAAGAGGGAGCGGGCUCUGGCCACUUGGCCGCUUGCUGGCACUUUGGUGACUGGACAGUGGCUAUCUUAGGGUUGGAGGGGGCACCACAGUGGACUUACAGCUGUGGACGAGGUUGAGGUGCAGUGCUGUGUGUCUUCUGGCCCCCCGGCUCCCCCCCACCUCUCUGUGAGGUACUGAAGGAUGACAAGGAAAGGUCCCCUGGCGUCCUGUGUUGGGGAGAAUUUUAUGUCUCAAAUGGAGAUUGCACUUUUUUGUUGAUUUUUUUUUUUUUUCAUUUUGGGUAGGAGGAAGUUGGGGGGAGCGGGGUGCUGGCUUUUCAGGUGGGACUCAGGGAAGGUGCACAGGGCCCUGGCUGUGGGGUGAAGCAGAAUUUGGGCAGAUCGCUUCUGUACCUUCACAGGGGUUUGCGGCGAGUGUGUGCGGGCCUCCGGGAGGGCACAGUGGGGUGCAGUGGCUCCCUUUCCCCUUCCUCCAGCUUACAGAAAGCAUGGUGGCCACUGGCUGGGUCCUGCCCCACGGGGGUCUCCUGAACCUCGUCUCUACUGCCAUACAGAAAUCAGAGCAAACACCUGCUCCCAAAAAAAGAGUCCUUGAAAAGAUUAGAGCAAAUAGUUAUACACAUACUGUAAUUUAA